AAUUAACUAAUUCUCAAGAUACACUAAUUCAUGUUUUUAUCAAAAAUUUCAGCAAAGGCAGCUACCUCUCCAGCAUUAUCACAACUUUCAAAGGCAGGCAUUCAUCUGUCUCACUAUGAGUUCUUUGAAUCUAGAAGAGAUUCAUCGAAAACGUCUUCUGAAAUCCAUCAUCGCUAAGCUCGAGGCUGAGGCUAAAUCUCAGAGAAAUUCCUUGAAGCCAAGUUUCGAGGAAUCCCUCUAUUUUAUCCCAACCAGCGAGAGGAGGAAGAUGGCAUCUCUAGUUCAGAAGGACUCAGAGCUAAUGGAGAUCCUAAACAGCCAUGGCAUUGAGGAGAAUGCCAAACUUUAUGAGUCACUUAGUGACUGGAAAAACAUGUAAGCUUCCUAAAGGUAGCUUGUGAGAUCGGCAGAUCUGCCUUU